UAGCGCCAUGAUCAGGUCAGAAUUUCACCAGUUUGUGUUUUGCUUUGUCAAAUCAUGCUGCCAUAGGCUCUUGACCUCUCCCAGUUCUGAAACUGUUCAGAUGAAUAACUCAAAACAGCUUGUGUAAGUUAAUCCCUUUCCUGCGCUAUUUAAGGAAGUGGAUUAGUAUUGCUAGCUGACAAUAUGGAGUCAGAGGUCUGCGCAGUGGCUGUGGGCUUUGAAAGGGAACGUGACACCAAGGGUUAACCUACUUUAAAGGCUUCAGAAAAAGAUGUCCAUAUGGUUUAGACACCUUGUAACUUGCUGUGCCUUUCAGGAACUUAUCAUAGGGAAACGUCUUCAUGGAAAGUUAGAAUAUGAGCUAAGCCUGUCUGAGAGGCAGACAUAGAGCCAAGAGGCUGUUUAUCCUGGGGCCUCGGACAUUAGAUUAUCAACACCAGAUAUGACCAAAAAUCCUUUGAGAGCAAUAUGGAUGUGUCUUAGCUAAUUUUAGCUGAAUCAAAUAUAAAAAAAACAAGUACAGGUAUAGGUAAAUCUUUCCUCUCCCCAAACAUCACUGUAGGGUUUGAAAAGCAUAUUUUCGGCUACUGAUUCAUUUAUUAUUUGUAAUGUGGAUCACCUGGAAGUAAACACAAUUCUCAACAUAAAUACAUGUUGUCAAACUAAUUAGAUCUCGCAAUUUACACAGUAUUAAACAGUUGGGUUGAUUGAAGAUUAGAACUAGAUUAACCCACAGGGAAGUAGGGUCAAUCCAAGAUACCAACAGACUUUACUGAGUAGUAAUUACAUGUAGAGGUCCUCCCAGAGAUUAAAUGCAAUCAUGUGCAUUUACUCAAGAAACUUACCCAAAAAGAAACAAAUUUGAGUUACUUCUGUAUUACUUUAUUGUUACAUAAUUCAUUGCAAAAUCAUCAAAAAUCACAACACGAUUUGUGUGACAAAUCAGCUUCAUGAUGAAGCACUGUGUAGUGUGGCAGAGAUGUCCUGGCUCUAAAAAUGCGGCUCUCCAGAUGUAAAAUAAACAACAGAUAUCACGUCAUAAUGAUUUUGAUAUUUUAUUCAUUUAACAUUUAAUAUUUAAUAUUUUGAUGCAAAAAAAAUAUCCUUCACACUAUUCCUGAAUCGUACGGCAAUCACAAUAUCUGUCAGAGUAAUACCAGCAUGAUAUUUUAACCAUAUAGUACUGCCCUGCAUUACUUGAUAAUUUCCAUUUUAUGAAGUGGCAUACUUCUACUCCACAACAUCUCAGUGGCAAAUAUUGUACUUUUAAACUUAACAUUUUUCAUGAAUCAUUACUUGUCAGAUUACAGUUUUUCAUACCUUUCCUCCUUCGUCCUACCUGAAAAUGCAUUUGCUAAAAACAGGCUAUACUUGUGAAUAGCUGACUUUUUGGACAUACAGGAUUCUCACACGCGAAUGAUGCUGCAAACCUGUGAUAGUCUUACACACUUCAUUGUACACUGUGCUUCAAUAUUAAUAAAAAGAAAUAAUCUUGUCUUAUCCCUUCCCGUCUUAAAUAUGUACUGCAGAAAAAUGGCACACAGUCAUCAGUACAGAUUGUGCGGAUUUCGAGUAGAGCAGAGUAAAAUGUUUAACUAUACGGUGGAAUACAAAAGCACAGAGAACAUUUUGCAGUGUUUGUUUAUCAGCUGGAGCAAAGAGCGUGAUAAAGGCUUGUCGCCACCCUCCGUCCCUCCUCCUCCUCCCCUGCUCUUUCAUCAUUUUGUGCCUUAUCAGCUCAUUUGCCCCAUUCACUGGUGCGGCGUGAAAUCAGUUAGCACGUCUGAUCUAGAUCACCUUUUUCUGCCUUCAUGGAUUUUAAACCUCGCACUCACUUUCUCCAUUUCAGGAACUUCACUUAUUUUUCCUUCUUCUCUGAGCUGCACCGCUCAGAUCAUGUUGCCAUCACUAUUGUCGAGACCCUGGCUAUCACUGCUGUCUUCCUGCUGUCCGUGGCAGCAAAUGCGGUCGCCGCAGCCCUGGUAACCUGGGAACGCAGACUGCCUGCCAACAAAACCAUCCUGACCCUGAACUUGUUUGUGGCCGACCUGCUGUUCGUCAGCAUGAUCCCUCUGAUUGUGGCAGUGCGGUGGACUGUGUCCUGGACGCUCGGGUAUACGGCCUGUCGCACUGUGCUCUAUGUCAUCUGUAUGAGCGGAUGUGUCACCAUCACUACCCUGGCCUCCAUCAGUGUGGAGAGGGUCCAGGCUAUCCUUCGGAUGCAGAGUCUGCCCACUUUAAACCCCAAGAUGGUGACUGCCAUCCUCUUCUUCAUCUGGGCCUUUUCUGCUCUCACCUGCUUACCCGUCAGUCUGUACUUCACUGUGAUGGAAGUGGACUUCUCUGAGCAGGAACAUUUACACAUUUGCACUCUCAGGUGGCCCGACGCGACUGGAGAGAUUGUGUGGGAUGUCGCAUUCACUGCCCUGUGCUUCCUUGUCCCUGGAUUAAUAAUUGUGGCCAGUUACAGCAAAAUAUUACAGAUUGCUAAAAAUUGUAGGCAAAGGCUCCGACCCCGAGACAGGCAGCCCUCAGUCGGAGACUCUCUCGUCUACCACGUCUCCCGUCAGGACAUGAAGCUCUUCCGAACACUUCUGGUUCUUGUGCUCUCUUUCGUAAUCAUGUGGAGCCCAAUUUUCAUCAUCACCUUCAUCAUCCUGGCUAGAAACUUCCUGGGUCACCUAAAUGUCUCAUCUACCAUGUUCUUCUGGGUGGUAACAUUCACGCUGGCAAACUCAGCCCUCAAUCCAAUCCUCUACUCAGUCUGCCAGUUCAAGAAUGGCUGGCGCAGGCUCUGCUGUGGCUCUGAGGUAGCACCGCUGAGAAAAGCACCUUGUGGCAAUGGUCGAACACAAGGGAUACAUCCAUGAUUGUCAAACUUAACAUUUAGCAUGUUGUGUGUACCUCUUGACUUUUGAUUAACAAUGUACAGUAUACAUCUCAUUUAAGACACAAUCUUGGCAUGCUCGCUGCAUUCCUGAGCCGGUGCGAUCCUUCUACUUUUCUGAAUCUCACAAAGUCAAACAGUCGUGAAUUUGUUAAAUUUACAAUGAAUCUUAGUUUUCCUGCAGUUUGUUUUCAGGCUACAAAAAUGUCUCUUAUCCCAUAAUCACAAAUAAUAAAUGUGGUGUUUCAAUACA